CUCAUCUCCAUCUCUCACACCUCUCUUCACCAUCUCUCACGAUCUCUCUCCACCAUCUCUCACGCUUCUCUCCACCAUCUCUCACGCCUUAGCUCUCUUAAAGGUUUGGACAUAAAUCACAACAAGAUAAGACAAGAAGAAUGGCUGAUGACAAAUGGACCGAUGAAGAAGUUAGGUAUUUCUUUGCUCUUUAUGCUGAUGAGAAAAAUAAAGGGAACUGACCAAGGAGUGGCAUGAAUCUAGCUGGAAGAGAGUUCAUCGUAAAUAAGUUUGAAGAGAAAUUUGGUAAGAGAUGGAUAUGGGACAGGUUUAAGAACAAGGUUGAUAUUAGUAGAAAAGCAUAUGUCAAGUUCAAGAAGCUUACCCACAAUAGAACCGGGCUUGUCUAUGAUGCUUUGGGAAGGCUGGAGAUGCCGGAUGCUUGGUGGGAUCAACGCAUUGCGAGGACAUUUCAAGAUCUGUGUAAAAUGUUAGCAACGAGAUAUGGGUUACAAGAGACGCAAAAUGUCUAUAUUGAAGAAGCGGUUGCAAUGUUCCUUGAAGUGGUGGGUCAAGAUAAGACAGUACGGGUUAUUGCACAAAGAUAUCAGCGUUCGUUGGAUACAGUCAAAAGGAAACUUGGUGAGGUUCUGAGUGCUCUCUUGAAAUUUGCUGCAGAUGCACUAAAACUAGAAGAUGGUGAGUUCGCAAGAGUAUGUCCUGCUUUGAGAAAUGAUGAUCGAUACUGGCCAUUUUUUAAAGACUGUAUUGGAGCAUUGGAUGGAACUCAUAUCUCAGUCCGUCCUCCUAAGCGAAAUGCAGAAGCAUACAGGGGCAGAAAACAGGAGCCAACCAUGAAUGUCCUUGCUAUAUGUAACUUUGAUAUGAAGUUCAUAUAUGCUUAUGUGGGUGUGCCGGGUAGAGCUCAUGACACAAAGGUAUUAACUUAUUGUGCAAGGAAUGAGCCUUUUUUUCCACAUCCGCCAAAUGGAAAGUAUUAUUUGGUUGAUGCUGGAUAUCCCACAAGAACAGGGUAUCUUGGUCCGUAUCGUAGAGUUCGAUAUCAUCUCGAUCAGUUCAACAGAGGAGGACCACCAACGAACACUCGAGAGGUGUUCAACCGGAGACAUUCAAGCUUGCGAUCAGUGAUUGAGCGGACAUUUGGAGUGUGGAAAGCAAAAUGGAGAAUUCUUGACCGUAGGCAUCCAAAAUAUGGUUUGAUCAAAUGGAUAAAGCUAGUGACGGCAACGAUGGCUCUACACAACUUCAUACGUGAUUUACAUCGAGAAGAUAAUGAUUUUGUGAAUUGGUAGAGAAGAGAAGAAUAUCAUACUCAUGGUGAUAAUGAUGAAGAAGAAAGAGAUGAAGAGGAAGAUGAAGAUGAAGAAGAAGAAGAAGAUGGUGAUGGUCAUGGUGGACAUAUUCCAUAUGAGCCGACUGGUGAUAGAGCCAUGGAAGGUUUACGUGAUCGUAUUGGUAAUGAGUUGAGUAGAGGAUAUCGAUUACCUUACUAGUUUAUUUGAUUUGAGUUUGUACUGAUUAUUAUUAUAAGUUACUCGUAUGAUCACUUUUUUUUUAUUAUUUAGACUUUUUCAAUAUUCUAAGUUACAAGGAAUAAUAUUCAGGUGUAGACUUUUUAAUUAGAGUUAUAGUUUUUUAAUGUGACAACUCAUAAACAAAAGUGAACUUGUACAAAGAAAAAUAUAAGAAAUUGAAACGAUUAAACAUAUUGCAUCCAUGGUGUGAUUUAUUACACUUUACAGUUUUAAUGAUUUAGCCACGUUUUUGACGAAACCUAAGUACACAAGAGCAAAUGUAUGUCAAAAGUAAAUAUUUGGUCGCCAGCGAUACAGAAACGAACAGAGUAGCGACAACCACUGCGAUCAAUCGCGCGACAUAGAAACGAACAACAUAGCGACAACCGCUGCGAUCAAUCGCGCGACCUUCAAACGAACAACUAUCAGCGAUAUCAUGUCGCAGUCGCUGGUCGCUGACUCUGGCGACCACGAAACGAACAGGGCUCUCUAUUAAUAUAUAAGGGAUUAUCGUGGCAAAAUCUUUUGAUUUUUACGUCUAACCUUUUUUUUUAUAUUUUAAUGGUAAAACUAAUAUUUCUGGGAAAAAAAAGAAAACAAUAAUCUUCUCAGAGAGAUCUCAAACGAAGGAGGAGGAGGAGUGACGAUCAUCACCAUCGGAACAUCGAACCAUGUCGAGCGACAGCGACGAAGACGAGCUUCUUCAAAUGGCGUUGAAAGAGCAGGCUCAGAGAGAUCUCACCUAUCAGAAACCUCCUUCCUCUUCCUCUAGCAGGCCUGUUGCCAAUCUGGUCCAGCAGCCACGUCAGCACAAGCCGUCCCCUGCUAGGAAACCGUCUAUGGAUGAGCCGGAGGUGGAGUUGCUAAGUAUCUCGAGCGAGGAUGAUGACGUGGAGAGGGAAAGCGAUGUUAGGGAGAGAGGAAGAGCGAAGAAGGAGGAUGAUGGAGGAGGAGCUUUGGAUGAGCCUGAUUGCUGGAAACGUGUCAAUGAAGCUGAACUUGCACGUAGGGUUCGUGAUAUGAGGGAAUCAAGAACCGCACCAGUGGUUCAGAAACUUGAGGAUAAGGUAUCUGAGCCUGGCAAGAAAGUGGUUCUCACUAGUUUGCAGUCACUCCCUCGUGUGAUGGAAUGCAUUGAUCCACUUAAACUAGGGAUAAUAGACAACAAGACACUGAGAUUAAUCAGUGAGAGUUUCGGCAGCCCAUCAAAAGCUGAGAAAGUGGACAAUACACUUCGAGAAAAGUUGAUUUACUUCUCUGAUCAUUUGAAGCUGUUUCUUUCUCGCAUUCACCAAGACACAAGUGCAGCAGAUUUGGAAGCUGGUGCUCUUGGCUUGAAAAGUGACUUAAAGGGUCGAAAUUUGCAAAGAAAACAAUUGGUAAAAGACAAUUUUGACUGCUUCAUCUCGUGUAAAACAACAAUUGAUGAUAUUGAGUCGAAACUGAAGCGGAUUGAAGAAGAUCCAGAAGGGUCAGGAACUACUCAUGUGUUCAAUUGUAUGAAAAGUGUGACAUCAAGGGCUAAUCUUGCAUUUGAGCCUCUUUUUGAGAGACAGGCUCAAGCUGAGAAAAUCAGGUCUGUACAAGGAAUGCUUCAGAGGUUCCGGACACUCUUCAACUUACCAAGUAUCAUUCGUAACAGUAUUAGCAAGGGUGAAUAUGAUUUGGCUGUUCGAGAAUACAAGAAGGCGAAAUCUAUUGCUCUCCCUUCUCAUGUAAAUAUACUGAAGCGUGUACUCGAGGAGGUUGAGAAAGUUAUGCUGGAAUUCAAAGGCACUCUUUACAAGACUAUGGAAGAUCCAAAAAUAGACUUCACAAGUCUGGAAAAUACUCUGAGGCUUUUGCUGGAGCUGGAACCCGAAUCUGAUCCGGUGUGGCAUUAUAUAAAUGUUCAGAACCAUAGAAUUCAUGGCUUGCUUGAGAAAUGUACAUAUGAUCAUGAAGCAAGGGUGGAAACAUUGCGCAACGAGACUCGUGAGAGAGCCAUCUCAGAUGCGAAGUGGCAACAAAUACAACAAAACGUCGUUCCAUAUUCAGAUGCUGCAUCUUCUACUGAAAGUAACGAAGUUCAAGUUGACCUACAAUCAGUGGAGUUUCCCAGCGAAGAGAUUGACGCUUUGAAGGGAAGAUACAUCAAAAUAAUAACCGGUGUGCUUGUGCAUCACAUCCCUGCGUUUUGGAAAACAGCUCUAUCAGUUUUCAGUGGAAAAUUUGCCAAGUCAUCCCAAGUUACUGAUACUUCUGCCAAUAAAUCUGAGGAGAAAGUCACAGAGGCAAGGUUUUCAACUCAUUCUUUGGAAGAAGUUGCUGGGAUGAUUCGCAAAGGUGUUUGUUAGAUGACAUUUCCAGUGAACAACACAUUUUGUGAUUUUGAUGAAUCGUGCAUUCUCCGCCCAUUUAUGAGCAAUGCCAUUCAAGAAGUAUCAAAAGCAUGUCAAGCCUUUGAAGCCAAAGAUUCAACUGUGUAUGUUUUUUUGAUACUUAUGGCAGUUGUCGCACUAAGAAAAGUCCAGGCCGAAAUCACUAAGAUUUAUAUCCAAAGGCUUUGCUCUUGGAUGAGGGCAUCCACUGAACGAAUAUCAAAAGAGGAGACGUGGAUCCCUGUUUCUAUUCUUGAAAGGAAUAAAUCUCCUUAUGCCAUCUCUUACUUGCCUCUUGCAUUCCGUUCAGUUAUUGUCUCUGGGAUGGAACAAAUCAAUCUUUUCGAUGAUUGUCUGUCAAAGGUGAAGCUGCCAAAUCAGAAGAUUGAGGAAAUGCUUAUAUCUGUUAGACUGGCAUUUUUGAACUGCUUUCUGGAUUUUGCUGCUCACUUGGAUCAAAUUGGUGCUGAUCUUUCCACACGAGAGGAUUGGAAAAACGGAUAUUCUGAUGAUCAACAGGAAGUAACAUCAGCCAACACUUAUGGAAGUGUUGUGGAUCCUCACAGGCGGUUGUUGAUGGUCUUAAGUAAUAUAGGUUACUACAAAGAUGAACUUGCUUCAGAGCUUUACAACAAAUUCAAAUACAACUGAUUGAAGUCUAGACUUGAUUGAUUUUUUUUUUUCAGCGAUCUUCAAGAUCUAAUUAUGUCUUUCUCUGGUCUUGGAGAGAAGGUCCUCGAGCAUUACACGUUUUCUAAGGCAAAUUUGAUCAGAACAGCUGCCACCAGUUAUUUGCUGGACUCGGGUAUUCAAUGGGGAUCAGCACCUCAAGUGAUAGUAAGAAAUCUCUGCGUAAUGACUAACGAUUAGCCUCUAAAUUUUCUAGGAAGAAGAUGAUUACUUAAAGUACGAGAUGCAGCUGUUGAGCUCUUGCAUACUCUUGUAGCCGUCCAUGCAGAGGUAUUUGACACGACAGUGUUUGUAGUCUGAAGUACCCUUAUAAUUUUGUAAACUACAGGUAAUAUUGAGGUAAUUUCUUCUUCUUGUGGAAGAAAAGCUUUGUAGAAUUAUGAUUUGCUGAUUCUGUUUUGUGCACAACAUCUGCUGCAGCUUGAAUAUUUCGAGACAGUACUGAAUCUAUAUUUUACAAGCGACGCAACCGCGUCUCAUAAAACUCUACAAGGAACAGUCUUGGAGAUUGCUCUAGAGAGCGUCAGUGAAUCAGUUGAGACCACUCCAGGGCAUAAUCGCAGACCAACUCGUGGCAGCGAAGACACAGCUUCAGAUGACAGACAAGGAUCAUCUGUUUCAGCUGAUGAGCUCCUCGUUCUAACGAAACAGUAUUCAAGCGAAUUGCUACAGACAGAAAUGGAGAGAACAAGUGUGAACACAGCAUGCUUUGCAGAGUCAGUUCCCGUAGAGCCAACCCCUCCUCUAUUACCUAAAGCUUCGUACAGAGGACCGAUGGAUUCUCCAAGCAGAAACUACAGAGGCAAACAAUCCUCAGGUUCUCCGAUUCAUGCCCUACCCAGACGAAGAUAAAAAGAAACUGUACAGAGGAACGUAACAUGUAUUUGUUUUGUCUGUUUGUUGUGCUUCUUAAGAACUAACAUUUGUUUGUAAACUCAGAUGAAUUGGGUUGUAAUUAAAGAAUGUCACACGAAUGCAAAAAGUAGCCAAGGUAGAAA